CAUCAUGGAUCGUGAGUUAGAGGAGGGUGAAAUUGUAAGUGACGAUGAGCAGAGUGCGUCUAGAGUUCAACCGAGUUCGUUCAAAUGAGUUCAAAUGAGUUCGUUUGUUGAUAUUUCUGUUGUUGCAGGUGGCACACACUCCUGACCCGAAUCAAAAGGUUUGCUGUGUUGUGCUCGAACGAAUUGAUCCCUCUAAGUAUAUCAGGCCUACGAAACCUGCUGAUGAAGGGAUGCGAUUGAGACGCCGGGAAAAGAGUGCUGCCCCCCCUUCUUCUGAGUGUUUAGGAGGCAAAAAGGUAGCGCCUAAGGUUACGAAGGCUAUGGAGGAAGGGGUAAGUGAUAUUUUCUAAACACUGAAGUGCAUGAAAGCUCUCAAUUUUUAUGACAAGAUAUUUUAUUGUGUUUUAGUUUGGAGUGUCCAAUCGCAACUCUGUCAUACAGAAUGUAAAAAUUAUGUGUCCAGUGGAUGGUAAAAUCAGUGCCAACUGGUCACAUAUUGAGGCACAUAAGGAUGUCAGUGCGCAAAGGUUAAAGGUUUAUGCCCAGGGGAUUUACUCAAGCAAUGUAAGAGGCCCUUUCCACGAGGAUUCCCUAGUUGACAGUUUGUAUGACGCCGCACGUGAGAGUAAAGAUGCGUUCAAAGCACGGCUAAAGAACUUCCUUCUGUGUGCUGGUGUUGGUUUGACACCCAAAAAAUGCGACGCUAUGGAAGUUUACAACAUGGCUGAAGUUUUUAAAGAAGAUUAUGUCAUCCCCAAGGACCACUUGCAAAGAGUUAUUAAGCAGGCUGAUCAAGAACUUGAGUCGUCAGAUUUGGACUCAACUGACGAAGAUAAUUUGUAGGUGCAUUUUAAUAUGUUCAUCUGUUCUCUAUCACUGUUUUGUUUACCAUUCAAUCAUUUUAUAUCAAGUUGAUAAAACGUAAUUUUAUUUGCUUUGAUUGUUAUUUUUUUGAAAUACAUGAUAAAAAAGGGGUAUCUCACUUAAAAAAAACCAAAAGGCACCAGUCAUGCUUCCACGUCCACGUCGUUGGUGCUGGAAACACAAAAUAGCUCGUAUGAUUCAUAUGAAACAUUUUGUGGCUAAGAGAAGCAUAAUUUAAUACGCGUUUUGCAGGAAUUAUUCAGCACGAUAUAAUGCCAACUCCCUUCAAUAUUGCAACUGGCUGUUCGUGAAAAGAGGAACGACUCGCAUCAAUAUCCCACGUGUUCUACUUGUGGCGACUUGUGAUACAUCUCGGAGGUACGAGGAAAGAAUUUGGGUAUCUCAUGGUCUAUCAUCA